CCAAUUAUUUCGUCAUCCAAUAACGUUUAUUAAAAACUUAUUAUGAUCGAAUUUUGUAAUUUUUCAGAGAUGGAGAUCACGAAAGAUUACAGAAAUCCAAAGAAAUAUAUCUGAAUAAUCUAUCAAAACCGCGCGCCAAAACCGACAACAUAUCGCAAACAAUCAACACUCUCAUGGAACGCGAAAACGUGGAGUGUCAAACAUCGAAUGUCGCCACGCUCGCGGCCGGUACUCAGGUGCACGAUUUCAACAUAAUAGACGCUUACGGCGGAACGGACGCAAAACAAGACGCGAUCACGCCACCGGCCGCAGUUGUGGCAGUGUCGGGUGGCGCGGAAAAUCCGCACGACGCACACGCGGACCGACUGCAGGAAACCGACCACGAGACGGAGGAGUCGCGUUCCGUGCAGAGAAUGUUUUUGGAACGGAUAUUGGCCCAAAACUCGUUGGACGUUCAGCUAUUCUGGUCGAACGAUAUGGAAAAGACGAGUCGCAGUGACGAAUUGCCGGGGCUGCAGCAAACCAAUUUCGAACUUACGUACUGUUUUACGCUGACGUUGCUCGGCGACGCGGACAAGGGCUUGGCCGUCCGGUACAUGCAGUGGAACGAGACCGAGAAACAGUUGCUGGCCGUCGUCUACAGCAAGCUGAUAUACACCGAUUACGCCAGUAGGCAACACGCGUCCGUGGCUGUGUGGAGUACGAAAAAUCAUCAUACUCCGGAAAGAUUCUACCAAUUCAACACAUCGGCUAUCACGUGCUUAAAGUUCUCCGCCGUAACACCGAAUUAUCUUGCUAUUGGAUUCGAUUGUGGAAAAAUAUUGAUAAUCGAUAUCUCUAAAGAAUCACUCCACAUAUUGUUUCAAACGUCCACGGAGCUAUCGUUAGAAACCACCAGAAUUUCAGAGCUAUUCUGGACCACCAAUAUUGAAAACAAAAAGAUACCAUAUGAAAUCAAAUCUGAAUGUCUAAUGGCGUGCAAUAAGAUUGGUUGUAUUUCACGUUAUUAUUUUUUACACUGCAAGUUUGAGGAACAAUUAAUUAUGAAACUAUCUCAUAGCGACCGUCCGGAUAAUAAUUUAGACAAAAGCAAAACGUAUACACCGGGUUUUUGCGUAACUAAAUUCAUCGAACUUAAUCAAAACGCGGAUUUGGUGGGCACUGCGGACGGUCUCGUCUACUCGUUUACAUAUGACGAUUUGACGACUCAUCCAAAAAAAAUAGUUUCUCAUUUUGGAAUAAUCAAAUCCUUGGAAAAAUCGCCGUUUUCCCAAGAUGUAUACUUAACAACUGGUUGUGACUGUAACAUAAACAUUUGGAUUGGUGAUUUUUUUCAUGAACCAGUAAUAUCUUUAAGUACCGGGAAACAAAUCGAAAAAGCUAUUUGGAGCAAAACAAGUUCGACAACUAUAGCAUCUAUAAUCGAUAAUUGUAUACACAUUUGGGACUUAAGUGUGACAAAAUAUGAUCCAAUAAUUGUACAAACAAUGCCAAAUCCAAAUCAAAAGUAUACCGGCAUAGAAUUCUCACCAGACGGUAACCAUUUGUGCGUGUCCGAUAUAAGCGGAAAGGUCAUGGUGUACGUUUUAUCAAACAUUUUACCGCCCGAUGAGUAUGAACAAGAAUAUAAUUUAAUGUAUGUCAUCGCAAAAAUCAUAUACGGUCAAAAGGAUUUGUCCGACGUGCUUAUUAAAGAAAGGAAGGGGUUCGCUCAAGCAUUUAAUAAAGUGGAUUUCGAGAAAUAUGGACGUAAAUUUUCCUGAAAAUAUUCCCAAGCUUUAUCA